CAGACAGGCAAACUUGCUUUUAAACAUGCAGUGAGACCGACAUUUGAAUAACUUCUUAAGCCGUGGAGAUUUUCGGUCUUGGACAACGUAAUGCUGCAGUAAUGACGGUUCUUUGAAUCAACUGGAUCACCGUCUUGCCGCAGCAGCGAAAGAGUCAAAGAUGCAUUUUCUCUCCGUCCCAGUGGGCGUGUUUUCGUCCAAAUAACGGGACAGGGUGAGCAGCAGGACUUGCUGUCGACCACUUCUCCUGGACCCGUGCUCAGUCAGUAAACAUUGCUCCAGCUCAGUGCCAACAAACACGUUUAAAUAUCGCCGAAGAAGAUGCGAACAGUGAACUAAGCUAGCGAGAGAGCAAGCCAAGUGCAGCAGGGCGUUUGGAUACGCGUUUCAGGAUAUACCACUAUGCAAAGCGACAAAUCGGAGCCGAGUGAACCCAAGGGCGCCGAGUGUCCGAGCACAGCCGACACCGAGAAGAAGGCACUGAGCGCCCCGGACACGCAAGCUCCAAAACCUAAGGGGAUAAGUGCGGUCGCGGUCCUCUGGACAUUUGGGAAAUGUCUGGGCGCCUUGCUGCCCGUCUACCUGGCCGGUUACUACCGGGUCAGCACCAGCCUGUUGGUGUUCGGGAUGAUGGUCUACACAGGGUGGAAGCACGCCCGAGAAGCCAAGGAGGCGCGUCUGAAGUCAGCCAUACAGCUGCUCGACAACGAGCAGGAGUACACAUCCCUGAAAGCGUCCAAAAUCAAGCGAGACCUCCCUGCGUGGGUCAACUUUCCAGAUGUUGAGAAAGUUGAGUGGCUGAAUAAGGUACUGCAGCAGGUGUGGCCCUUUGUUGGCCAAUACCUUGAGAAGCUGCUGGUGGAAACCAUCGCUCCGUCUAUCCGAGCCUCAAGCUCCCACCUCCAGACCCUCAGCUUCACAAAAGUGGACAUGGGUGACAAGGCCAUGAAGGUUGUUGGGAUUAAGGCACACACAGAGAAUGACAAGGGACAAGUCCUGCUAGAUCUGUAUAUCAGCUAUGUUGGUAAUGUAGAGAUCAAUGUUGAGGUGAAAAGAUACUUCUGCAAAGCCGGAGUUAAAGGAAUACAGCUACAUGGGAUGAUGAGGGUGAUUCUGGAGCCUCUGAUUGGAGAUGUGCCCAUAGUGGGUGCAGUCUCCAUGUUUUUCAUCCAGAGGCCCAAACUAGACAUCAAUUGGACUGGAUUGACUAAUUUGUUGGAUAUCCCUGGACUGAAUGUCAUGUCAGACAGCAUGAUUAUGGAUGCCAUUGCCUCCUUCUUGGUUUUGCCCAACCGCCUAGUUGUCCCCCUGGUUCCUGGCCUGCAUGUGGCCCAACUACGCUGUCCUUUGCCCAGGGGUGUGGUACGCAUCCACCUACUGGAGGCACAGAAUCUAGCAGCAAAGGACAACUAUGUGAAAGGGGUCAUGGCUGGCUUGUCAGACCCCUAUGCCAUAUUGAGGGUGGGCCCUCAGACCUUCACCUCCCAACACAUUGACAACACAGACUCUCCCAAGUGGGGAGAAGUGUAUGAGGUUAUAGUCCAUGAGGUGCCUGGUCAAGAGUUGGAGGUGGAGGUAUAUGACAAAGACACAGACCAGGAUGAUUUCCUGGGCAGGACCAAAUUGGAUUUGGGCAUCGUGAAGAAAUCCAUAGUUGUGGAUGAAUGGUUCACCUUGAAAGACACUCCGUCAGGACGGGUUCAUUUCAGACUGGAGUGGUUGGCCUUGCUGCCUAACACUGAUCAACUUGAGCAGAUCCUGAAGAGGAAUGAGAGUGUGACGAGUAAGAGUGCUGAUCCACCUUCUUCAGCCAUCUUGGUUGUAUAUCUGGACAAGGCUGAGGAACUUCCUAUGAAGAAGGGAAAUAAAGAGCCCAAUCCCAUGGUGCAGUUGUCCGUGCAGGACGUCACUAGAGAGAGCAAGACUUGUUACACAACCGUUAAUCCAGAGUGGGAGGAAGCUUUUACCUUCUUUAUCCAUGAUCCACUCAAACAGGACAUUGACAUUCAGGUGAAGGACGCCGACCGUGUGCAGACAUUGGGCAGUCUGACUAUCCCUUUGUCCCGUUUGCUGUCCAAUUCCAAUCUUUCUCUGGACCAGUGGUUCCAGUUGGACAAUUCUGGAACUGCCAGUCGCAUCUAUAUCAAUACGGUUCUCAGGGUACUGUGGUUAGAUGAGGAACAUAUUUCAGCUGAUGCAUCAUCUGAUCUGGCGGCUGGAAUGUCCAAACAGCUGCCCCAACAGACCUCCCCUCAUCCUAGCUUUGCAACAGAGGGACUGCUUAGAAUUCACCUACUGGCAGGCCAGAAUCUGGUUCCGAAAGAUAACCUGAUGGGAGGCAUGGUGAAAGGCAAGAGUGACCCCUAUGUCAAGAUCAACAUCGGGGGUGAAACGUUCACAAGUCAUGUUAUCAAGGGCAAUCUUAACCCCACAUGGAAUGAGAUGUAUGAGGUGAUUCUAACCCAACUGCCAGGCCAGGACCUGCUUGUGGAGGUGUUUGAUAAAGACAUGGACAUGAAGGAUGACUUCAUGGGCAGGCUAAAGAUCAGUUUGAAGGACAUCAUUGAUUCUCAGUACACUGAUCAGUGGUACACUCUCGGUAAUGUGAAGUCUGGUCGAGUUCACCUGGUACUGGAAUGGGUUCCAACAGCCUCAGAGCCAGACAGAUUGGACCAGGUUCUUCAGUUCUAUUCCAGACAGUCCUACCAGAACAAGGUGGUUCCCUCAGCAGGCUUGCUGUUUGUGUAUAUCGAACAAGCAGAUGGCUUACCAGUGAAGAAGAGUGGAAAAAAUCCAAAAGUGGGAGCAGAGCUUACUCUUGGAGAAACAUCCCGCAAAACUACAGUGUGUGAUCGCACCACAUCACCUCAGUGGAAUGAGGCAUUCAGCUACGUGGUUCGAAACCCCAGAGAAGAUAUUCUUGUAAUGAAGUUCUCCCACUGCUGGACCAUGCCCAUGGGUUCCCUGGUUGUUCCUGUUAGACAGCUGCUGUCUGAACCAGAGCUGGUCCUGGACCAGUGGUUCCAUCUGGAUGGAGCCUCACCUGAGAGUCAGGUUCUUCUGAGGGCUGAACUUAAGAUGCUGAUUCCUAGCAAAUGUCCCGGUGCAACUGAUAAGGCUAAGGUCACUGCAGCGUCAGCCCCCUCCCCUGCUCCGCCAAAACAGGACACAGACACAGUGCUGAGGUCAAGUUCAGUGGACACUCCUCCUGUGGAGACCAUUGUCCCCUCAGUGACUUUGCAUGAAGAUGUUGUGGUAAAGGAAACGGCAACUGAUGUAAUUGAAGAGAAAGUGGAAGAAUCUCCAAGCCCUGCCAUAGCACAACCCCCUCACACUUCUCCAGACCUUAGCUUUGCCACUGAGGGGCUGCUGAGAAUCAUCCUGUUGGAGGCUCAGAGUCUGGUUGCCAAAGAUAACAUGAUGGGUGGUAUGGUGAAGGGCAAGAGCGACCCCUAUGCCAAGAUCAAUGUUGGAGAGGUCGCGUUUAAGAGCAAUGUGAUCAAGGAGAAUCUCAACCCAGUCUGGAACGAGAUGUAUGAGGUGGUGCUGAGGCCUCAGUCAGGACAGGAGGUGCGAGUCGAGCUGUAUGACAAAGACAUGGACAGAGAUGACUUCCUGGGCAGAUUCAAAAUCAAUGUGGCAGACAUUAUCUGUUCCCAGUACACCGACCAGUGGUACACCCUGAAUGACGUGAAGUCAGGACGUGUUCGCCUGAUAUCGGAGUGGGUUCCAGCAGUGUCCAGUAAUGACGCCCUGGACCAGGUGAUGCAGCUGCAGUCUCUCCAGUCUUACCAGAACAAGGCGGUUCCCUCUGCAGCCCUCCUCUUUGUUUAUGUGGACAGAGCACACUCAUUGCCUUUUAAGAAAAGUGGAAAGGAGCCCAAGGCUGGUGCCGAGCUUGUAUUCGGUAACACAACCUACAAAACCAAGGUGUGUGAUCGCUCCAGAUCACCUCAGUGGAACGAGGCAUUCUUCUUUUUGGUUCGGAACCCCGGAGAGGAGAUGCUCAUAGUGAAGUUGUCAAGUGCGUGGGAUCAGCCAAUGGGAUCUCUGGUACUUCCCACGAGAGAGCUGCUCUCUGAGCCACAGCUGGUCCUGGACCAGUGGAUGCAUCUGGAUGGAGCUUUACCUGAAAGUGAGAUCCUUCUGAGGGCCGAGCUCAAGAUUCUUAACUCAAGGAUGAGUGAAGCUCCACAGCCUUCUGUAACUGGCUCAAAGAAAGAAGAGAUGAUCACCAGCACUGAUGAGGCAUUCAAAGCAGCUGGAGAAGAAGAAAAAAUCUCAGAGCUGCCAACACAUGAGUCUGUUGCAGUAUCCAACGAGCCUAAACAACCUGAAGCAGCAGAAGCACAUGCUGCGGCCCCUCCUGAAAAGGCCCCUCCUGCUGAAACAGCUGCCAUCCACACUGCACCUGAUACAUUCCCUGCAGCUGCACUGGUGGAAGAACCAACAGAUGCCGAGGAGCAUCCCACACAGUCAGGCACAGCGAUUGAAGGAGUCUUUGAACCACAGCAAAUACAAACAGCGGGUACUAGUCUAGAUAACCUUGCCCACGCCACAGUGACUGGUCUUCCUGCUGAAACCCUGGGGCCAGCUGAUCUCAAAGAGACCCCUGAACCUGUUGUAGUUCUUCCACCAUACAGCACUCCCAGCGAGGACUUUGGUGAAGAGGGGGUGCUGAGGAUUCACCUGCUGGAGGCCCAGAAUCUAGUUGCCAAGGACAACCUGAUGGGGGGCAUGGUGAAGGGCAAGAGUGACCCCUAUGUCAAAAUUAACAUAGGUGGGGUUACAUUUAAGAGUCACGUUAUAAAAGAGAAUCUCAACCCAACUUGGAAUGAAAUGUAUGAGGUGGUUAUGAAUGGGCACAGCAUCCAGGAGAUCAAGUUUGAAGCAUUUGAUAAGGAUAUAGAUUCUGAUGACUUCCUUGGCAGAUUCAGUAUAAUGCUAAAUGAGGUCAUCAGAUCGCAGUACACAGAUCAGUGGUACACCCUGAAGGACAUCAAGUCUGGGCGGGUUCACGUGAUACUGGAAUGGGUUCCUACAGUGUCAAAUUCAGUGAGACUUGACGAGGUACUGCAGCUUCAGUCGCUCCAGUCUUAUCAGAACAAAGCUGUCCCAUCUGCUGCUCUGCUCUUUCUCCAUGUGGAUAGAGCACAUUCAUUACCUUUGAAGAAAAGUGGAAAGGAACCCAAAGCAGGAGCCGAGCUUGUUCUGGGGGAAACAGCAUACAGAACCAAACUGUGUGACCGCAGCACCAGUCCUCAGUGGAAUGAGUCUUUCUACUUCCUGGUCCGUGACCCUAAACAUCAGAUGCUUGUAGUAAAGCUGUCGAGUGGCUGGGACCAGCCGAUGGGAUCUUUGGUGGUUACUGUCAAGGAGCUCCUUGCAGAGCCACAUCUGGUCCUGGACCAGUGGUUCCAUCUGGAUGGAGCCUCACCUGAGAGUCAGAUCCUCCUGAGGGCUGAACUCAAGAUUCUGGAUUCCAAAAUGGUGGAUAUGAUCAGUGCAGGGACGCUGCCCUGCGCUGCCUCUGGCUGUGGAUCUGGGCAGGUGAAGCUGUCUCUGUCGUAUGCCACAGAGGACAGAAAGUUCAUCGUUGUCGUCCAUGCUUGCAGAGGUCUGUUGUCUCAAAGUAAGGAUGGUGUAGACAGCUACGUGUCCCUCAUGCUGCUGCCGGAUAAAAGCAAGGCCACCAAGAGGAAGACAGCUGUGAAAAAAAAAGACCUCAAACCAGAAUUCAAUGAGAGUUUUGAGUAUGAGCUGCCUAUGGAGGAGACGAGAUUCAGGCGCCUCAGCGUAUCGGUGAAGAAUAAUUCAUUCAGGAGCCGCGAUAUCAUAGGACAGGUGCAGAUUGAGUUGGCUGAAGUUGACCUGAUUUCUGGUGUCACACAAUGGUUCACUCUGAAAGACGAAGCUGAAUAGUCGUUGUGUUUGCUGGUGACAUUGAACAGUGAUGUUGAUGUCAUCAUCACUCAACCUGGCAUUGUGCCAGUGCUGCAUCUCACACUGAUGCCUUCUCCUACCCACCUCUACAUACAGUGCCACUGUGGCAGCCUUACCUGCACCCACCCAGCUCUUUGUGUGUCAACAUAUAAUAUAGAAGUGGACUGCACUGUAUAUUCACAUACAUCAAUACUCUCACCAAAGAUAAGUAGGAUGAAGUAGCUGAGUUGACAAGGAUAAAGUGCAAGUUAGUUUUGACUGAAGGUUACUUUACUAUAUGAAGAAAUAAGGAUUUUAAGAUUGAGUUGAAGUGGAAGAUGUGAAGAUGCAAGUGGAAGAUGUACAGGCUCAGAAAGAUUUAAGUCAUAUAUUGUUUUUGCUCUUUCGCUCUUUUUGCUCUUUUACUGCUGCAAGAAUGCUUCGCAUCUGAGAGUAUCUUGGUUGAAGAGCAGUAACAUUUUUAGACCACAUUUUUUUAAUGUAUUGCUCAAGAAUGCUAAUGCCAUUUCAGUAUUUUCCAUCUGUUGUAUGACAGGCUUACAUUGGAGGUAUUUUAUAUUUCACAACACUUUGCUACAUUUGUGUUUUUGUAAGAUUUUCUUUUCUACAAGACAACUAUUUGUUACACCUAUGUUACAAUUAAAUUCAUGGUAUAUUUCAUUUUGUGUAUAUUUGCAAAGAUAAUGGAUCAGAUCAGAUACUGUGUGUUGAAAGAUGAAAA